AUGUCUGCCUCGCCAACUUCAGCCGGUCCGUCAACUAAACGACCCCUCGAGGACCCAUCUUCACCUUCCGGGCCUAAUGACCAGCCAGAGGCCAAGCGUCAAGCUUUGGAUAAGGUCGUAAAGGCUGAGGGCGAUGAAUCGAAGGCCCAAGAAGGUGAUAAGCCUACCAAUGAAAAGAGUGUGAACGGCACCGAAAAUGGUGCUGGCGGUGAAAAUGGCGUCAAGGAUGGUCAAGGUGAUUUGCUAGUCCCUGAUGCCCCUAACAAUGGCAAAACCGCUCCUGCUCCUGCCCUGGAGACGCAGCCAAUUCAAUCCACAGCUUCCCACAACGACCGUGCCACGUCGAACCCUCCAACUACCAGCCAACCUGCCCAGGACGAAACUGGCUGGGUACACAUCAGAGCCGUCAUCUCCAGUGCUGAGGCUGCUACUGUUAUUGGUAAAGGUGGAGAAAAUGUCUCCCAGAUUAGACGUCUGUCUGGCGCCAAGUGUACCGUGAGCGACUACUCUCGCGGAGCAGUGGAGAGAAUCCUGACCGUUAGUGGCAUGCAAGAUGCAGUUGCAAAGGCUUUUGGUUUGAUUAUUCGUACCCUAAACAAUGAGCCACUUGAAGCACCCUCAACUGCCCAGUCAAAGACCUACCCUCUCCGUCUUCUCAUCCCUCAUAUUCUCAUUGGCUCUAUCAUUGGCAAAUCGGGUGUUCGCAUCCGCGAGAUCCAAGAGGCAUCUGGUGCUCGUCUCAAUGCUUCGGACUCUUGCCUCCCCCUCUCUACCGAGCGAUCACUUGUUAUUCUUGGUGUUGCUGACGCCGUGCACAUUGCAACCUACUACGUUGCUGUCACAUUGGUUGAGCAGUUGACUGAGAGAUUUGGCGGUCCUGCUGCAUCUGCUUAUGCCACCCGAAGUGGUGGCCCUGCUGGUGUCGUUCCUGGUGGUAUGCAGGUCGUGCCAUACGUUCCGCAGCCAGCUGGAGGACAGUACGGACAUCCUGACAGCCUACGCCGGAACAAUCCUCAAGCCAACCGUGCUGCCCCUGGAGGAUAUGGUGUUCCAUAUAUGCAGCAGCCUGCUCCUCACCCCCAUGCUCCACAGCCGAGUCUUCACUACGGUGCCUCUCCACGGACGGGAUAUACCGGAGCUGGACCUCAUCAGCCCGCUCCAUAUGGCGCUCCUCAGCCUCCGCAUGGCGGCCAUGUCCCUCCAAAUGGCCCGCCAAUGGGUGCAGCCGUUCCUGGUCAACCUCUUACCCAGCAGAUCUACAUACCCAAUGACAUGGUAGGCGCAAUUAUUGGGAAGGGAGGAGCAAAAAUCAACGAGAUUCGACACCUCAGUGGCAGCGUUAUCAAGAUCAACGAGCCCCAAGAUAACAGCAAUGAGCGAUUGGUCACUAUAACUGGUACUCAGGAGUGCAACCAAAUGGCGUUGUACAUGCUCUAUUCACGACUUGGUUAG